UCAUUCCGCCAUCUCUCUCUCUGAUUGCCUGCUCCUCCUCUCUCCUAGUGCUAACUCUAACCCUAGAAAACCCCUCCCAUUCUUGUAGUUUCUCACAUCCAGUGGUAUCAGUCUCGCGGCGAUGCACGAGCUGGAGGUCCGUUUCCACGGUUCCAUACACCCCAGGAUCUGCAUCCCGGACGAGGCCUCGGAUCCGCCGCCUCUCUUCGCCGCCGGAGGCUGCCUCUUUCUCGAGCCCUAUGCGUCCGAAUCUCUGGUUCGAUCGCGGUGUUCCCGCGGAAAGGCGGUCCCUUUGGGCGGAAUCAGGUGGGAAGGGGCUGGCGUGGUGAAUGGGUUCGUGUCGGUGAGCUUGUCGGUGAAAGGGAGCGAAGGCCUCGUGCGGGAGUCGGUGGAGUUGUUGGGGAAGGUGGAGGAGAGGAGGUCGGAGGCGCCGGCAUUGGAGGGGGAGGAUGAGAGGAGGUUGGAGACUGUGGCAUCGGAUGGGAAGGUGGAGGAUGGAGUGUUGGUGGUUCUGGGGGAGGAGAAGAAGAACAGGGACAAGAAUGGUUGGUUGCAGGAGGAAAGAACCGGUGUGAUGAACACCACCAAGCAUCUUUGGGCUGGAGCUGUCGCUGCAAUGGUUUCGAGAACUUUUGUUGCUCCUCUUGAGAGGCUAAAAUUGGAGUAUAUGGUUCGUGGUGAACAGAGCAAUCUAUUUGCCCUCAUUAACAAAAUUGCAACCACCCAAGGUUUGAAGGGCUUCUGGAAAGGAAACAUGGUCAACAUUCUUCGUACUGCUCCUUUUAAGGCAAUUAACUUCUACGCAUAUGACACAUAUAGAAAGCAGCUACUUGAAUUAUCUGGAAAUGAAGAGACCACAAACUUUGAGCGGUUCGUUGCUGGUGCUGCAGCUGGCAUUACAGCAACUAUUCUUUGCAUACCAAUGGACACAAUUCGAACGAAGAUUGUAGCUCCUGGAGGUGAAGCCUUUGGUGGUGUUAUAGGUGUUUGUCGGCACAUGGUUCAAACAGAAGGAUUCUUUUCUCUUUAUAAGGGACUUGUUCCAUCUCUCAUUAGCAUGGCACCUUCAGGUGCAGUUUUUUAUGGUGUCUAUGAUAUAAUGAAGGCAGCUUAUCUGCAUUCACCGGAAGGGAGGAAGAGGUUGGCUUUAAUGACACAACAGGGUGAAGAAGUGAAUGCAUUGGAUCAACUAGAGCUGGGAUCCACAAGGACAUUGUUGUAUGGGGCCAUCGCUGGUGCUUGUGCUGAAGCUGCCACAUAUCCCUUUGAAGUGGUCAGGCGACAAUUGCAGAUGCAGGUUCGAGCAAACAAAUUGAAUGCUUUGGCAACAUUUAUGAAGAUAGUUGAGCAAGGUGGCAUCCCUGCACUGUAUGCUGGCGUGAUUCCCAGCUUGUUACAGGUACUCGUACUGUGUAUUUUCAGAAUCUUCUCAUUGUUUUCCGUAUCAAUCUGUGAUAAGGUAUUAUUUUCAGAAUCUUCUCAUUGUUUUCCCAGGUCCUGCCAUCUGCUUCCAUUAGCUACUUCAUAUAUGAGAUUAUGAAGAUAUUGCUGAAGGUGGAGUGAGUAAGUACUAACUCAAUCGCUCAUCACAAUUUAAAGCAUUUGGGGUGACUAUUUCUUUUUUCCCCUCUCUGUCCUCUUCUUUUAUUACUCUUUUUCUCUAAUGGACCAUAAAUGAGACAUUACCUUGGCAAGAUAUAGUUCACCCUGGAAUCAAAUUGUUUACCCUCCUGUAUUCCAAGGAGGGGCAUUCAGACUCUUUUACAUUCUAUGGAGUACAGCAAUGGCUUUGGUUUCAUAGUAUGUUAAAACCUGUCAAGUUUGUCUUCCCCCUCCUUUUGAGUUCAUAAUUUGUUCCACAUCUUCAUCUAUCAUCUGCAUGUAUUAGCAAUGACAAUGCUCCUCUGUGGCAUAUGAUGGAUUAAUGAGUGGUUUGCCCACUUGCCCUCAUUUAGCUACAAGCUCUAGUUAAAAUUUUUACA